AUGCGUUGGCUAUGUGCGCAAGCGGGGACAGAAAAAUAUGCUCAGAAGUGUAACGUGGAACGAGAUACAAUGAGAAUUCACUCAAACUGUAUCCCGGAAAGUCACGAGUAUAUAAACAAGGUCCCGGCCCCUCUCUCUCUCUCUUCCCCCACCUCUUUGCAACCAACACAACUUUCAAAAGCUUCACCAGUUUUUACCACUCCAAACAUACAAAAUGAGCGACCACGGAUGCAGCUGCGGCACCUCUUGCCAGUGCCCUGCCGGCUCUUGCAACUGCCCUGUAUGUGA